UGUUUUACCCUUUCAAUGUCUCCCACAUAGUGGGUGCUCAACAAUGGUAGAUGAAUAAACUAGAUGUCUCUUACAUGUAUUCUGAGUAUCCUAACAUGUUCAGAACAUAGCCAAGACCCUGCAGACAAGUGAAAAGUUCUCCUCAAACAUGCAAAAAUACUCACACAAUUCAUGUGUGAAAGCUGAUGCCUUUUUCUGAGGAACCUAUUUACUCUCACUUAACAAACUUGGUUAUCAGCACUUCCUUAACCAUGGCAGUUUAAAAAUAGGAAGAUGAGAGGAGGAGGAAGAUGUUCUAAAGGCAGCCAGGCAGGCAGACAGCAGCAGGAGGUGGCACGAUCUUACCAAAAGGUGCCAAAAAAGCGGUAAAAAUCAGACUCAAAGCAUAUUGGCCUGGGGUCACUUAGCUUGGGAGCCUAAAGCCUUCACCCACUUACCAAUAGUCCUUAACGGAUGGAAGUUGUUGUGAACCUUAAAUAACGUUGAGAAAAAUGACCAUUUGGGCCAUUAAUAAAGACUUAGCUGUUCCUAACUUGGCACCAUCUCCUAUAUUUCAUGUAGUUUGGAAAGGAUUCUAUAAAACGUGGAUAAUAUUGAAAAACAAAAAGCUGGUGCUGAGAUGGUAAGCCUGGCCACCCCCUGUACCUUAGCCUAAGCUGUUUCCCAGGCUUCUGCUCUCCCUUUUUCUCUCGGGACUUCUUUUUCUUCCUUGAAGGCUGUACACAAAUGCCACCUCUUCCAGGAACCCCUCCGCGUCUUCCCAGCGGAAGUAAUCUCCUGCUCCCGUGCCCUCGCACAGCAUCUUACGGUGGGUGGGCUCCGCGCGGGUCACCGGCCCUGGGUGUUUACCCGGCAUUCUCCCGGCCGAGCUACGCGCUCCUCGAGCCCAGGGCCGUGACCGGGACCUGCACUCACACGACUCCUGCCACGGCCCUAGGCACACGCCACUGUUCAGUGAGCUUGUGGAGUUGAGUUCAUCUGGAAAGUCACUCAGGUCAGGAUCCUAGGCUCGAGGCGCGGACGAAUGAUUCACAGGGGUGGUUCUUCGCGUUCUUUACCUCGUAGUCACGUCGAGGAGCAUCCGGCUGGCCGGCAGAUACCUGUGGAGUUGAGACGCGCCCCGCCGCCGGCCGCGGAUGAUUGAGGAAAGUGGGAACAAGCGAAAGACCAUGGCAGAGAAGAGACAGCUGUUCAUAGAAAUGCGUGCUCAGAAUUUUGAUGUCAUAAGACUAUCAACUUACAGAACAGCUUGCAAAUUACGAUUUGUGCAAAAACGAUGCAACCUUCAUCUUGUUGAUAUCUGGAACAUGAUUGAAGCCUUCCGAGACAAUGGCCUUAAUACACUGGACCAUACUACCGAGAUCAGUGUAUCCCGCCUGGAAACUGUCAUCUCAUCCAUCUACUAUCAGUUGAACAAGCGCCUUCCUUCUACUCACCAAAUCAGUGUGGAACAGUCUAUUAGCCUCCUCCUCAACUUUAUGAUUGCUGCAUAUGACAGUGAGGGCCGAGGCAAGUUGACGGUAUUUUCAGUUAAAGCUAUGUUAGCAACCAUGUGUGGUGGAAAAAUGCUGGACAAAUUGAGAUAUGUUUUCUCCCAGAUGUCAGAUUCCAAUGGCUUAAUGAUAUUUAGCAAGUUUGACCAGUUUCUGAAGGAAGUUCUGAAGCUCCCAACAGCUGUCUUUGAAGGGCCAUCUUUUGGUUACACAGAGCACUCAGUCCGCACCUGUUUUCCACAGCAGAAAAAGAUAAUGCUAAAUAUGUUUUUAGACACAAUGAUGGCCGACCCUCCUCCCCAGUGCCUUGUCUGGCUACCUCUCAUGCACAGGCUUGCCCAUGUUGAGAAUGUCUUCCAUCCUGUGGAGUGCUCCUAUUGCCGGUGUGAGAGUAUGAUGGGUUUCCGGUACCGGUGCCAGCAGUGCCACAACUAUCAGCUCUGCCAGAAUUGCUUUUGGCGUGGUCAUGCCAGUGGCCCUCACAGCAACCAGCACCAGAUGAAGGAGCAUUCCUCUUGGAAAUCCCCUGCAAAGAAGCUGAGCCAUGCAAUUAGUAAGUCUUUGGGGUGUGUACCCACGAGAGAACCCCCGCAUCCUGUUUUUCCUGAGCAACCAGAGAAACCACUUGACCUUGCACAUAUAGUUCCUCCUCGUCCUCUGACUAAUAUGAAUGACACCAUGGUUAGCCACAUGUCCUCUGGAGUGCCCACUCCCACCAAGAGGUUACAGUAUAGCCAGGAUAUACCCAGUCACUUGGUCGAUGAGCAUGCGCUGAUAGCCUCCUAUGUGGCCCGUCUGCAGCACUGUGCACGUGUUCUAGAUAGUCCUAGCCGACUGGAUGAGGAACACCGGCUUAUAGCUCGCUAUGCUGCCCGGCUGGCUGCAGAAGCAGGAAACAUGGCUCGUCCUCCCACUGACUUGAGCUUUAACUUUGAUGCCAACAAACAACAAAGACAGCUUAUUGCAGAACUGGAAAACAAAAACAGAGAGAUCCUGCAGGAGAUUCAGCGCCUCCGCCUGGAACACGAGCAGGCCUCCCAACCCACUCCUGAGAAGGCCCAGCAGAACCCCACGCUGCUGGCAGAGCUGCGGCUGCUGAGACAAAGGAAGGACGAACUGGAGCAGAGGAUGUCAGCAUUGCAGGAGAGCCGGCGGGAGCUGAUGGUGCAACUGGAAGGGCUGAUGAAGCUACUGAAGGAGGAAGAACAAAAGCAGGCAGCUCAAGCCGCAGGGUCCCCACGUACAUCUCCCACUCACGGAGGUGGCCGUCCGAUGCCUAUGCCGGUGCGCUCGACGUCGGCCGGCUCCACGCCCACCCACUGUCCACAGGAUGCGCUGAGCGGAGUUGGGGGAGACGUGCAGGAGGCCUUUGCGCAAGGUACGAGGAGGAACCUCCGCAAUGACCUGCUGGUGGCUGCUGACUCCAUCACCAACACCAUGUCAUCCCUGGUGAAGGAGCUCCAUUCAGCAGAGGAAGGUGCAGAGGAAGAAGAAGAGAAGAUGCAAAAUGGGAAAGAGAGAGGUUAGCCGAGGAGCCCAGACAAAGAGGAAGCUUGGGCACAGAGGACGAGGAACAAGCUGGCACCAACCUGAUGAAGGCAAGGUCUUCCCCCAGAGGCACAUUCCUAUCCAUCCUUCCACUGCACACCUGGACCAGGCUUGCAGGCUGCCAGACGUCACUCCACCCGCCAGGGAGAAGGGAGCCAGAGCAGUGGGAAGGUGGGGGACUGCGAAGCGCAGCUGGUGGGCCUUCCCCUAUAGCCCUGCAUGUACCAGCAUCUCCAUCACUCCCCUCAGGGCAUGGUCUCACUUGUGCAUCAGGAGCUUACCAGGAGGUUGAAAAGAGAAAA